AUGGCUGAAGUGCAUGUGAUUGGUCAGAUCGUGGGAGCAAGCGGAUUCCCCAGCAGCAGCCUCUUUUGCAAAUGGGGGAUCCACGCAGGUGGUGCCUGGAAGUUACUGUCAGGGAUCCGGGAGGGGCAAACGCAAGUUGACCACCCCCAAUUUGAUGAUGUGGCCUACUGGUCCCACCCCAUCGACGUCCACUUUGCCACCAAAGGUUUGCAAGGCUGGCCCAAACUCCACAUCCAGGUGUGGCAUCAAGACUCCUUUGGGCGCUGCGAGCUCUACGGCUACGGCUUCUGCCACGUGCCCUCGAGCCCUGGCUUCCACCAGCUGGACUGCAUGACUUGGCGCCCCCUGGGCUCCUGGCAGGAGCAGCUCUCCCAGCGCUUUGUGGGCGGCGGCCCCCAGCUGCUCAGCAGCGACCUGAUCUACACGGGGGCUGACCGCUAUCGCCUGCAGACUUGCGCGAUGGGCACUGUUCACUUGCAGCUAGCCGUUCUCCUGAGGAACUUUGACCGCUACGGCGUCGAGGCCUGA